CAAAGCGACUUCCAGUGGGGGGUGGGCUGGCGGGGAGGCCUCUUCCCUGAACCCUCUAGCUCACACCUGUUCCUCCCCACCAGGCCACAGCCCCCAGAGCCCUGCGCCACCAUGUGGUCCUCCAAGAGCCGUGGACGUUCCGCGUGUGGCAGGGACUGCCCUGUGACCAGGGAGCCGGCACCAGGUUUGGUGGAGACCCGUGAUGCCGUGUCCAGGCCACCCUGCGCUUCUGUGGGGCAAGCCGAGGGUCCGGGCAGGGGACGUGGGUCUGCAGAGCCAGCUGUCAAGAGCUGCAUACCUGUCACCGCCUUCGAGAGCGCCGCCCCUGCCAGCCCGUCCCUUGGCCAGCCCGUCAGCCGGGACAGAGAGGGACAGGUGGGCAGAAAUCCUAUUGAAUUUAUGAGGCACCAAAUGCACCAGCUGGUGGACAUCUUCUGUGACAGGACCCAAGACCAAUCCCGAGGAGCACAGCAACAGAGGCUCAGUCUGGGAGAGGUGGAGGAUGGCUUCAACGAGAUCAUGCUGGAAGCCGUGGACCUUCACCAUGAUCAGAACAACGACGAGGAAUCCAGUCCGUUACUUCCCGAAGUGCGGCAGGAGCUGCGUUCCAGAGUCUUGAGGUCCUCCGUCCUUGACCUGGAAGAGAAGGAGCACCCCGCGGUCCAGAAGACGGAGGAGAGCUUUUGUGACAGAGCCCUGAGGUUGUUCCGGAGGCUGGUCUACCAACUGCAACUGAAGUGGCAGGCCGCGCUGGCGUGGGUGAGGGGGACGGUGGCCGCCGGCCUUCAGGCCUUCUGCGACGCGGUGGAGGCCAUCUGGAGCGCCUUUAACAGCUUCUGCACCUCAGUGGCUCAGGUGUUCAGGAGCGCCGUCCAGGCCUAGCCCAGCCCUCCCCGGCCGCUUUCCUUGUCCGGGUCCGGCCCGUCGCCCUGGCUGUGGGGUCCUAAUAAGAGUUAGCUGCGGGCGCCCGGGGGGGGGGGGGGGGGGGAAGGGGGGGCUCCGUUGGUUAAGCGUCCGCCUUCGGCUCAGGUCAUGAUCUCAUGGUUCAUGGGCAUGAGCCCCGAGCCCCGCGUGGGGCUCUGUGCUGACAGCUCGGAGCCUGCCUGGAGCCUGCUUCGCAAUCUGCGACUCCCCGCCUCUCUCUGUCCCCUCCCCAGCUCCUGCUCUGUCUCUGUCUCUCAAAAAAUAAAUAAGCGUUAAAAAAAAAAAAA